AUGGCGACCGCCACGCUGCUGAGCUCCUCCUUCGCCAUGCCCGCCGCCGCCCGUAGGGCCUCCUCCGCCUCCUUGGGCUUCGCCACGUCGCAGCUCGCCGGCCUCUCCCUCUCCUCCGGCGCCGCAACUCCACCCUCCUCCCCAAGAGGCAGCAGCUCCAGCCCAUUGUCGCGCGUAAGUCUUCGAUUUCGAUUUCGAUUUGAUUUUCUGUUGUUUCCUUGUUCGUUUGCUUCCCUUAUUUACUGGCGGGUGUGCCCGUUCACGGACAAGAAGACGAACCGGGCCAACAAGGUGUCCUUCUCCAACCACAAGACGAAGAAGCAGCAGUUCGUGAACCUGCAGUACAAGAAGCUGUGGUGGGAGGCCGGCAAGCGCUUCGUCAAGCUGCGCCUCUCCACCAAGGCGCUCAAGACCAUCGAGAAGCACGGCCUCGACGCCGUCGCGCGCAAGGCCGGCAUCGACCUCAACAAGAAGUGA